AUGGAAAAAGAGGAUGGCAAAGGGAAAGAAAGAGUUUCUGUGCUUCAUGGAGAUGGUUUCCACUUCAACAGAAUUCUGUCAAGAGAGUCCCCCGUCGGCCAAUCCUCACGUAUAUAUUAUCGGAGUGCUGAAGGGGUGCCAUUCAAAUGGGAGAGGCGUCCCGGGACACCAAAAAAUUUGCCGGAAGGCAGACUAAUUCCUCCACUCAGUCCUCCACCGGCCAUGCAGAGUUUGGGGCUUCCUAGGCCUUGUGUUCACGACCAGCCUAAAGACUCAAACAGAAGGUGGGUUUUGUUUUGGAAGAGAAACAAGAAAAGCAAAAGCAAGAAAAAAGUGGAAGCACCAGGAGAGACAAAUGAUGAUAAUAUUGCCUCUGAUAAAUUUGAAACCUCUGAGCAUAGCAACUCUGAGAGAGAAUUUGAAUUUCCGUUUGGUAAUUCAAGUUCUUGCUCGUCUUCAUCGACGUCUUCUUCGAAUGGUCUAGCUCUUAAAGAAUCAAAAGUCCACAGAGAUUUGCAAGACGGCUCGUUGUAUUGCAGUCCUUGGAAGAUUAUGGCAACACUGGUUGGUGUUGCAAAAAGGGUUUAACUUUAUUUUGAAAUUUUAUGUGCAUGGCUUUUGUAGGUGAUCAGUUUUUUGUAUAUGUAAGAG